AGCACUCCUUCUGGGUAUACUUCGUACAGGUCCCAAAGCCCCCAAACAGUUGGUGGGACCUUGUGUCCCUUAAGGCUCGCCUAGCCCCGUCCUGCCUUCUAAGGCCUUGCUUCUGCCGGGGCAGGUAGGACGUCUCUGAACCGGAGGAGGAAGAAGGAGUCACCAUGGCAACCGAAGAGUCCAUCAUCCGCAUCCCCCCAUACCACUACAUCCACGUGCUGGACCAGAACAGCAACGUGUCCCGUGUGGAGGUUGGGCCAAAGACUUACAUCCGGCAGGACAAUGAGAGGGUCCUGUUUGCCCCCAUGCGCAUGGUGACUGUCCCCCCACGCCACUACUGUACAGUGGCCAACCCGGUGUCCCGGGAUCCCCAGGGCUUGGUGCUGUUCGACGUCACAGGGCAAGUACGGCUCCGCCACGCUGACCUAGAGAUCCGGCUGGCCCAGGACCCCUUCCCCCUGUACCCAGGGGAGGUGCUGGAAAAGAUUCUCUUCCUGGUCUCUUUCCUACACCAACUGGAGGUUGUCAUCUUAACAGUCUCUUAUGUGCAGGACCUGUGGCCAAAGCCAGUCCUGGAUUGCUGUGACCCCGACCUGUCCUUCCUGUCCUCAUACCCAGGAGGGGCUUCCUGGCCAUGGGGACAGAUCCACAAAGAUGACAGUAUUACAACACUCCUUGCGGGCCCUCAGCCGCAGGGCCUGGUUCUGCCUGAUGACCGUGGCCUGGAUAAUCUCCAGGACCUCCACCUCCUUCUGGGGGAUAUAUGUGCCUGGGGAGGGGAGAAGAGGCUGGAGGAAGAUGGCUUCCCUGUUCUGGGCCUCUCUGUUCACAGGCACUUUGAGCUGAGGGACCGGAAGGACCCACAGGAGACAGCCAAGCUCUUCUCAGUGCCUGACUUCGUGGGUGACGCCUGCAAGGCCAUCGCGUCCCGGGUGCGGGGGGCCGUGGCCUCCGUCACCUUCGAUGACUUCCAUAAGAAUUCUGCCCGCAUUAUUCGCACUGCUGUCUUUGGCUUUGAGACCCCAGAAACCAAGGGGCUCGACGGCAGGGCUCUGCUCCAGCCCCGGGACCGGGCCGUCUUCCCCCAAAACGGGUUGGUGGUCAGCAGUGUGGAUGUGCAGUCGGUGGAGCCCGUGGACCAGAGGACCCGGGACGCCUUACAGCGCAGCGUCCAACUGGCCAUUGAGAUUACCACCAACUCCCAGGAGGCAGCUGCCAAGCACGAGGCUCAGAGACUUGAGCAAGAAGCCCGCGGCCGGCUUGAGAGGCAGAAGAUCUUGGACCAAUCCGAAGCUGAAAAGGCUCGCCGCGAACUCUUGGAGCUGGAGGCUCUGAGCACUGCCGUGGAGAGCACGGGGACCGCCAAGGCGGAGGCCGAGUCCCGCGCUGAGGCCCUGCGCAUCGAGGGAGAAGGCUCCGUGCUACAGGCCAAGUUGAAAGCCGAGGCCUUGGCCAUUGAGACGGAGGCUGAGCUCCAACGGGUACGGAAAGUGCGAGAACUAGAAUUGGUCUAUGCCCGGGCCCAGCUGGAGCUGGAGGUGAGCAAGGCCCAGCAGCUGGCGGAGGUGGAGGUGAAGAAGUUCAAGCAGAUGACAGAGGCCCUGGGCCCCAGCACCAUCAGGGACCUUGCUGUGGCUGGGCCAGAGAUGCAGGUGAAACUGCUCCAGAGCCUGGGCCUGAAAUCAACGCUCAUCACCGAUGGUUCCACCCCCAUCAACCUCUUCAACACAGCCUUGGGUCUCCUGGGGCUGGGGUCGGAGGCCCAGCCCCCAACCAAAAAGGCAGCCGGCAUGCCCAGCCCCCAAGAGGGCUUGCUUCUCCGGUCCCCUCCUGCCCCUCAGUCUCUUGGAGACAACCAUGUUGUCCCUUAG